GGAGCACUCGUCCCACUGGACGGUCACACUGGCUGGAAAUUGUAAAUAAAUUUCAAUCAAAUAUGAAUUGCUGCAUUUGUCAGUUCUCGGUGCGCGUGCCGAAGGACAUUCACACCGAGACCGUCGGACAUCCGCCGGUGCUGAUCAGCGACCUGGUACUGCAAUGCACCAGAGGCACGGACUACGUCCUCACCGAGGAAUCGUCGACGAUCUGCAAGAAGUGCUGCGAGAAGCUUGCCAGAUACCACAAGUCCAUACAAAUAGCCCGCAAGCUGCGCCAGGAGAUCCUGGAGCUGAUCCACAGUCCCUACAUAUCCAAGGACCACAAGCAGUCGUCCUAUAAGGAGGAGGAUCUCGACCGGGAAACCACAAUAAGCAAGUUCGAUGGGAACAUUGAGGAGGCACAGCAUCAGUACGAGGAGGAUCAGGAGCAGGAGCUGGAGGGUGUGGGCACCACUGUCACGCUGGUCGGCUCCGCCGGCAUCGUGGAGGAAGUGGCCGAGGAGGAGCACACCUUCAUUAUCAAACAAUCAGAGGAGGAGGAAGAGUAUCAAUCCGUAGACUUAGAGCUAGAUAUCGACAACGAGAUUAUCAUUAACGAGGAGGAGGCGCACGAGGUAGAGGAGGUAGCCCACAAGAUGGAGGAGGAGGAGGAUCUAUUGCCACAUGCCAAGCAAGGGGCCCAGGAAGAAGACUUCUUUAAGGAAGAUACCAUGAGCGACUUUGACGAGCAUCUGGACGGCACAAUAGAGUACAUAAUAUCCGAUGGCGACGACCAGGAGCAGGACAACGACAGCUCCGGCGAAUACACGGUCAACAUACAGUGCCCCAGCUGCCCGGAGAAGUUCAGCAGCCGGCGCGCUUACAAUGCCCACACAAAACGCGAGCACUUUCCGGGCUACGUCUGUGAUCAGUGCGGCAAGACGCUGCAAUCGUACUCCGGGUUCAUAGGGCACCUGCAGAACCACGAGCCCGUAAAGCAGUUCGCCUGCCCCGUGUGCCCGGAACGCUUUAGCCGCAAGUUUCGACUGAAGCACCACAUGGCCUGGCACACCGGCGAAACGCCAUACCAGUGCGAAGUCUGCUCCAAGCGAUUCGUCCACAAGGUGGCCCUGUACAAGCACAAGAUGAUCCACGACAACGAGACCAAGCGGCUGGAGUGCCAGGUGUGCGGCUUCAAGACCCGGACCAAGGCUCACUUGGAGCGGCACAUGCGAUCCCAUACGGGUGACAAGCCCUUCGCCUGUCCGGUGUGCAACAAGCGCUUCUCCCAGAUGUACAACAUGAAGGCCCAUCUGCGGGAGCACGAGAGUCCAGGAACCAAUCGCCAUCGCCGCUUCCACUGCCCCAAGUGCACGCAUACGUUCAUCAACGAGCAGAACUAUGUGGCCCACGUUCAGAGAGACGACUGCACGGCAGUUUAGCCCACUAUUGAAUAGAUAUAUAAUAGAUAAUUAUAUAUUGUGUAAGACCCAAUCCCGACCAUCAUCGUGAUCACCAACCACCCAACCACCAACCGAAUGCAAUCGAAAUCAUUUGGCUCAUUACGUUCUAUCCAUGUACUUUUUUAUUAAAUCUAUAUGCAUUUUGCUCACAAAUAAAAUAUGUUUGAUAUAAUAAAUUUAUCCGUUACUUGCAUAUUUCUGCGGUUAUUUCAGUUUUCUUAAAAAAAUAUGUAUAGUAAGUGUAUGCGUUAACUUAUUUAAAUAAAUCAAUCGUUCGACCUCGUCCGUUUCGGCCAAGGGCCUCCAAUAUACCCACAUCUAUCCCACUAUUGGUCGCUGCUGGACUGAUCGAGCCCCAAAAUGAAAUGUGCCUAAUGGUAGAUCGGUAGAUCGGUAGAUGCAAUUGACGCAAUUACAAUACAUUGUAUAAAUACAUAAAUGUUAAGUGUGUAUGCUGUGUUAUAGAUAUACAAAAAUAAAACAGAUUAUCUUUUGAUUUUUGUCGAGUUGAAUAGAACUUUGUUAAUAUCAUCAUAUCAUCAUCAUCAUAAAAUGCACAUUACAAAAAUAUUAACAAAAUUUAUUGCAGGCAGUCCGUAGUUAGUAAAAGGUAACAAACAAAUCCCAAUCGAGGUAAACCCAUAAAUCUUCUCAAUAAUAUUGAUUUUGUGCAGUUCCUAAUUAUCUCAGCCCCUGGCUGCGGGACUGAAACGCUUUUCGGACACUGAAUGUACGGCCGCCAAGGUGUCAACAUAAAAGAGGAUCUUUCUCUUCUACCAAUAGCUCCGAUUAGCUCUCGUUAUGGAUUUACAAACGUAGAUCCGACCACC